AUGUCCACAAUCACCUCGCUUCUCGACACCGAUCUGUACAAGCUGACGAUGCAGGCAGCUGUUUUGCAGCACUUUCCCGCGGCACAGGCGACUUUUCUGUUCAAGAAUCGAACACCAUCCAAACAGCUCAACGACGACGCGAUUGAGUGGCUCAAGAGCGAGAUUGCGGCGCUGGGCGAGCUUCGAUUUACUGAGGACGAGAUUGUGUUUCUCCAGAAGCAUGUCGGCUUCCUGCCAGCCGAGUACUUUGAGUAUCUCAAGACGUGCCAACUCGAUCCGGCAGCCCAGGUCAAGGUGACCGUCAACACAGAAGGACACCUGGAAAUCGAGGUCAAUGGCCCCUGGAAAGACACAAUUUUGUACGAGAUUCCGCUGCUGGCGCUGGUUUCGGAAGCGUACUUCAAGUUUGUCGACAAGGACUGGAGCUACGACGGACAGAGUGAACUGGCGGCCACCAAGGCCCAGGAGCUCAUUGCCCAGGGCUGUGCGUUUUCCGAGUUUGGCACCCGACGCCGACGUUCCCUCAAGACCCACGAUAUCGUCAUUGCCGGUAUUCUGGAGGGUCUCAAAUCCGCCCAAGGCAACGGUAUCUUCACAGGAACCUCCAACGUCUACCUGGCCAAGAAGUACAAUCUCAAGCCGAUUGGAACGGUGGCACACGAAUGGAUGAUGGGCGUGGCUGCAGCUACGGGCGACUACUCUACAGCCAACCUGCGGGCCAUGGAGUUGUGGAUCCAGACGGUUGGAGACGCCAACGCAGGGGUGGCUCUCACAGACACGUUUGGAACGGAAUCAUUUCUCCUGGACUUCAACAAGCCGCUCACAGACAUUUACAACGGCGUGCGGCAGGACUCUGGCGAUCCCCUGGAGUACACGAAGCUAUUGGGCGACCACUACAAGCAGUUGGGAUAUGAGCCCAUGUCCAAGGUGAUUGUGUACUCGGAUUCGUUGGACGUGGAAAAGUGUGGCAAAUACAAGGCUGCCGCUGCCGAGAACGGGCUCAAGGCUGCCUUUGGAGUGGGCACUUUCUUCACCAACGAUUUCAAGCGGCUCAGCGAUGGACAGAAGAGCACUCCUCUGAACAUUGUCAUCAAGAUCCAACAGCUCAACGGGCAGUCGUGUAUCAAGCUAUCCGACAAUCUGUCCAAGAACAUGGGUGAUCCCGAGACCGUUGAGAGGGUUAAGCGGGAGCUUGGGUAUGUUGAGAAGGGGGAUGUGAUUGACGAGUCCAAGCGGUGGAAUUGA